UAUCAGCUGUUCAUACGUUUAACCUCAAAAAACAUUGGGAGUUUUUCUUGUGGCGCUUUUUUGCAGCUGGGACUACUUAUCCACUAUGACCAACAACGAAUCAGAGACUGCUGGCUCGAGCCGAGCGAGUAGUGGUGCCUCCGCAUCUUCUGCCGCCAAGGUGGAGAUCACAGAAAAGGUGCGAGUUCUUUGCCUGCACGGAUACCGGCAAGAUGCGGAUUCAUUUAAAAACAAAUUGGGUUCGUUUCGCAAGUUUGCUGGGAAAUAUGCGGAGUUUGUGUUUAUCUCAGCGCCUCACGUAGCUGCGCCACUAGAACCAUCGGCAGAGCCAGUGGAGCAUCAGCGCAGCUGGUGGGCCAACAAAGAUGAUGGCACAUUCAAAGGCACCAACAAAAGUGGACCGGCGUACGGAUUCCAAGAGAGUUUACGCGUCGUCGAAGAUGCUUGGAAGUCACAGGGACCAUUCCAAGGGCUCCUGGGGUUUUCCCAAGGUGCCUGUUUUGUGGGACUGAUUUGUGGUCUGGCCAAAAAGAAAUUGACCUCUAUUCGACCCGAAUUUGCUGUGCUUAGCUCCGGUUUCAUAUCUGGCAGUCUCGUGCAUAUGAGUGCUUACGAGGAACGCAUCACAAUUCCCACCCUACACGUUUACGGGCUGACGGAUGAAAUCAUUCCCAAGGAUAUGAGCGAAUCGCUGGCAGCUCACUUUAAGAACGUAGAAGUGCUCGAACAUAGUGGAGGCCAUUAUUUUCCGGCCACUGCGCAGCAGAAACAAACGUACAUUAACUUCUUCCAGGACCGUCUUCAAGAGUAUUUGGAGCACUUGGAGCUGCAGCAAAGCAGCAACGCGUCGUUCAUCGAUAGCGCCGAGGAGGACGAGGGAGCUGUGACGGAUGCUAAUGAUGCAGAAGUGGCAGCUGUGACGGCAGCCGCCGGUUCCGGAAUGGAUGAUAGUGAUUAGUACUGUAAAUUUUCUUUUUCCUUUUUAA